UCAAACUGGAUUUAACGAACAUAAAAAGCCGACAACGAAAAAUCGAAUCGUUCCUGUUUUGCAAAAAAAAACAGAACACGGCUGAAUUCCAACUAAUAAAUUUACAAAAAAGAAUAGAACGUCCGAUAGUCGACGAUCGGAAGCGAUGUUGAACACAAGAGAAGCCAGACGUUGUUGGCAGACACGAAAAGUGGUAGUGUUUUGGUUGGUUUUGACAGUCGUGCUGAAUGGCAAAAAUGGUUUCUGCUGGGAUAAUGGUUUUGAGAAUUAUGAUAGCCGUUUGUUGAAAACAUACGAUUUUGUGAUCGUUGGUGGCGGAAAUGCAGGUGCCGUAUUAGCCAGCCGUUUAUCAGAGAUUCCCCAGUGGAAUAUUCUUCUGAUCGAAGCAGGAGGUCGAGAUAAUUUGUUGUCGGAUGUACCACUGUUUGCCGCCUAUUUACAAUCUACCGCUCUUAACUGGAACUUUCGAGCGGAAAAACAGAACGGUUACUGCGAAGGAAUCGAACAUUUCCGCUGUGCAAUGCCCAAAGGCAAAGGACUCGGCGGAAGCACCAUAAUCAAUUACAUGAUUUACAAUCGGGGAAAUUCUGCUGAUUUUGACGGCUGGGAGGCGGCAGGCAACGAGGGUUGGUCCUACCGGGAGGUGCUGCCAUACUUUAAAAAAUCGGAACACGUCACAUUUAAGGACACCAACCAAACACCGAAGCGAGGAAAGAAGGGGCCAGUCAAUGUAGAAUAUGUCCCGUAUCGUUCUUCACUCGUGCACGCAUUCGUGGAAGCAAAUAAACAACUGGGUCGAAACAUAGUAGAUUAUAACGGUGAUUCGCAAAUCGGCGUCGAUUAUCUUCAAGCAACGAUCCGCCGUGGUCGAAGAGUUACUUCAGCAUCGGCAUAUUUGAAUUCGGUUUCAACGAGACCGAAUCUCACCAUAUUAACAAAUGCGAGAGCGACGCGUGUGAUAAUUAAUCCAGACACAAAAACAGCGAGCGGGGUUGAAUAUUUAUGGCAAAAGCGAAAGUACACUGCCCGAGUUCGUAAGGAAGUAAUUUUGUCUGCAGGUUCAUUUCAGUCUCCGCAACUUCUGAUGCUUUCGGGUAUCGGACCAAAGCAACAUUUGGAAGAACAUGGAAUACGAGUUUUGGUCGACUUGCCCGUCGGUAAAACAAUGCACGAUCAUCUUGCUCUUCUUUCGCUGACGUUUCUGACAAAUACAACCAAGCAAUCGUUUGAUACCGACCGAUUGGGUAUUCCAGAGGCAACGGAUUAUUUCAAAUUUGGCAAAGGAGUGCUCACUGUUCCAGGUGCUCUGGAAGCGUUGGCGUUUAUUAAGUCGAAUGUUUCCAACGAUGUGCGUGAUGUUCCCGACGUGGAACUGUUAUUCAUUGGUGGUUCUCCUGCUUCCGAUCACGGAACGGGGGCGCUACGCGGCAACGCAUGGAAACAGGAAAUAUAUGAUACGGUGUAUAAACCCCACGAAGGAAAGGAUCAAUUCACAAUCGCGGUGAUGCUUUUCCAUCCAAAAUCGAAGGGAUACAUACGUUUGAAAGAUGGUAAUCCGUUACACUGGCCAUUGAUCUAUUCUAAUCUUCUCGAUGACCGGGAGGAUAUCAAGACGAUGAUCGAAGGUAUAAAGGAAACUCUUCGAAUUAUUGAUACACCGGUCAUGAAAGCAAUUGGGGCUCGCAUAAUUGACACCCCGUUACCCACAUGUGCAAUGCAUCGUUUCGGUACCGAUGACUACUGGGAAUGUUUGAUACGAUCGUUGGCCACUACACUGCACCACCAAAUCAGUACCUGUCGAAUGGGUCCGCCAAGUGACCCGGAAGCCGUUGUAUCGCCCAAACUGCGUGUGUACGGUGUCAAACGAUUAAGAGUAGUCGACGCAAGCAUAAUGCCCUCCACCAUAACGGGGCACACGCAAGCUGCGGUUUAUAUGAUUGCUGAAAAAGCUUCCGACAUAAUCAAAGAUCGCUGGAAUUGGGGACAGAAGCUGAACCUGCAGGAUUAAUUCGGAAGAACGGAAGUGAUCUGAUAUGGACCGGUAGAAACCGUUUCAUGAUGCGUUCGUGACAUACAUUGAUCUCGAGUCUCGAAUCCAUUACGCAAAACAAUAGAUUAUCUACAGUUGCAUUUACAAUCAUAUAUUGAAUACUAAAUCAGUCUUCUAAUUCUUUGACAUACAUUGAUCUCGAGUCUCGAAUCCAUUACGCAAAA